AAAACAGAGAACUGAGAAGUAAAUAAAUAAAAAAACAAAUACCAGUUUAUUUUAGACGCUGAUUGCGGAAGGCCUACAACUUAUACAGGUCGCUUACAGUAAAAUUUGCAAAAAUGUCCAAGUCAAGAACUGGUAACGAUACAGGAACCUGCAGGGAAAUGGAAGAAAAAUCUCCAACUUUGGAAGAAAAAUUGGAAAAAUAUAAAACUGAAAAUGAAAAGUUAAAAAAUGAAAAGCAGAGUUUGUUAUCAAGAUUAAGUCAACUUGCUGGGGUUCAAAUGACAGAGAAUAACCCAAAUGUAACAGAUCUGAGUGACAUUAAUCGUCCCAUCAACCUUGGCGAAGAUUUCUCUGAGAUAUAUGACAAUGAGUAUACAGAUGUUCUUGUGUAUUUAAAAAGAAAAUCUGAUGAUGUUAAAAACAUGCAAGACAAGUUGCUGAAAACAGCAGAGAUUUGCCACAAGUUCUGUGAAGACUUUGAAAAGAAGCAGUUUAAAGAGAUACUGGGAGUCUUUCACUUACAUGAUGAUCGACAGUCACUACCUAAAGGUGUUAUCAAACAUGUGAAAGAUUUAAGGACUUCACUUCUUCAUAAAACAGAGGGUGAUCUUGAAAAGGAAUUUUUUCAGAGUUUGACACCACAUCAAUUGCAGAAUUCCUUACUGGCCUGUAAUGAUGACAGUGUGAAGAAAUACAUAAGCAAGUGCCUGUCGUUCUUCUGGAGGGCCUGUAUCCAAACACCACCACUGUAUUUCGACUUCAAUGUAAAACCAGGCACACCUUUUGAUAAUGCAGUACACAGGAAAUGCACAGUGAAUGGACCAAUGGUUACAUACACGGUAUGGCCUGUGGCUUAUUUACAUGAAAAAGGUCCUCUUCUUGUGAAAGGCGUGGUGCAGUGUGAAAAGCAGGAAAAGACACCAGUGGAAGGUGUAAAGCCAAAAGAAUCUAAAGAUGGCAUGAAUUUACAUACAGGGCAGACAUCUUCACCUGGGAAAGCUGUUCAGGUGAUUUCUAUUAAAACAUGUAGUAGAGGCACAGAGCCAACAAAAGAAAAAAAUGCAGAGAAAAGUCUAGCAUCAAAACCUGAAUCUACGUCUAGAGAGAAGAAAUGACAACAAUCUCGUGAUCAGCAGUGAUACAUUGAUUUGUAGCAGAUUUAAGAGAUGUGGAGUUACAUUUAUGUUAAUACAAGACUUUACCUUCCCAUCCAAUGAGCCGAAAACAGCAUUUACUUUGAUAUGAGAGAAGUCAAUUAAAGAUCAGUAUUUAAGAUUAUUUUGUGAUAUAUCUAGCCCUAUUAAAAAUUUCCUGUUGAUAUUUUUUGGCAGGCAUUGUUUUGAUAAAAAAGUCAUGUUUUAUUGCAUGAUUCUUUUAAAAUUAAAAUAUCUUCAAAUUUUGAUGAUCUCAAAUGAAAUUUUGACUUACAAUUGUAUUAGAUCUAAUGAUAAAAUACAUACUACAUGUAGGUAUGACAUUUGUAUACUGAAUGAGUCAAACUUACAACAAUAUUGUCUCUGAAAAAACGACAAGCUACAUGUAUAUCUAAGAAUGAAUCUGUCCUAGUGAUGUUUCAGGCAGAUUGUUUUGUUAGAUACAGGGACACAGAAUCCACUCAAUCUGAUGUACUUUGGUUUACAUGUUUUAGCCGAUCAGUUGAUCAUUUUAGAGAAGUAAAAAAAUACAUGUUUCAUAUUAUGAUACAUGUAAUUACACACUUUUGUGAUAUCCAACUGAUAUACAUGUACAUACCGAUGUGAUUUCCUUUGUGGUGUAUGUCUUAUUUAUGAAAUAUUUAUUGAAACAUUUUAUGAAAGUCUAUUUAUUUAAAUGUAUGCUGCUUAAAAAUCUUUUAUCAGUGUACGGUUCAUUUGUGAAUGUUUUAUGCUUCUUUUAAAUAUUUCUAGAGUAGAAUUGAAAUUUCUUGAUAGCUUUUACAAAGUAAAGGCAAAUGUUUACGAUUGGCGUAGCGGAAAGCUAAGGGUCUUUGCCAAGAUGCGAGGUUUUUGGUGCUACUUUUAACAAUUGUGGUUAGAUAAAAGAAUGUAUGAAUGCAUGUUCAUGAUUUAGCAAAUAGCCAAAGUUUUUAAAAGUGAGAAAGGUUUUAAUAGUGACGAUUUGCACUCCAGACUUGCUUUUGUCAAAUAUUUCAAAAACUCUGCAUGUAAAUGAUUAUGGAAUGAAAAGGCAGCAAUAGUCCAAUAGUAUUGUAUUUUGUUUUAGAGUGAUUGUUUUAUGGGAAAGAGUUGAACAAAUUAAGUCAUAACUAUGUGCUUGCUAUAAUUUAAUAUUUCUGUUUUUAUUUGUAAGAAAUUAGUUAAAUUCUAACCAUAGCCAUGAGCGGGUAAAUCUAGUAUAAAUUUGAAACUGAACACUUAAAUUGUUUUGAUACAGUUAUAAGUCAGCUCUGAAAAAGAGUGAUACCAGCUUAGUUUAACUACAAUCAAAACAAAUUGAUUACAGAUGUACAUGUUAGAUGAUGUUGGAAUAGACAAGAAAAGAGAACAUAUUUUUCGAUUUAUAUUUUAAUCACAUAAAACAUUCAUUGAUACUC